AGUCCUCGAAGUUCGAACGUGGUAAAUAUCUGAAUGCCAGAACUGAGUAUAUACAAUACUUCGCUUUCUUUGUGCACUCCGAAUAAAGACUCCCUCUUCGUUUUGCCAGUCCAAUUUAACCCACGGCUUGUUUCCCAACCCCAUCCUUCAAUCCAAACCACCACUCCAUCUCCCUAUCCCUUCGUUCCCACUUGGCAGCUGCCUCAGAGGCUCCAUCGUCACCAGGUCUCCGUGGGCGUUGAACAAACAAACAUCCAGCGUGAUCGCGUGGGAUUAAGGUCAAUCCUACUGGGGUGGCCGACAGUCGACUGAAUGAACCGAUUCCGCCAACCGCAGUUCGCGAGAUCGAAAGCUCCCCCCUCUACCGUAUGCCAGAAAUGUCUGAAGCGCGGCCAUUACAGCUAUGAAUGCACCAUAUCGGCAGCCGAUCGGCCGUACAUAGCGCGUCCAUCGCGAACUCAGCAACUGCAGAACCCGAAAUUGCUCCCGAAGCUGUCGAGCGACGUGCCGAAUGAGCGUCUCCGGCAGAAGGGUGUUGCGGAUGAACAGCUUGCACAGAAGGCGUUGGAGAGAGCGCGACACCGAUCUCGUAGCCCACAGUCACACAAAGAAAAGCGUCGAUCGCGGUCGCCGUCCGUAUCCUCCGCGACGUCCGUCUCCACCAUUUCCACCAACCAAUCGCGAUCUCGAUCCCCGACACAUUCGCCGAACCGCCAUGACUCCGACGAUUACAUGACCUCCCAGCGGCCCUCGAAGUUCCCCUCCGUCGACCGCAUGCAUCGAAAACGGAGACGUGGCUCCUCGUCGGGUCAUAUGUCGUCCGACGACGAUCUUGCGCCGUCGUCCCAUCACGACGACCGGAAUACACGCCGACGACGCGCAUCGACCAGCCCGCACUCCCGUGGCCGACGACGAAGCAGGUCGCGUGACUCGGAGCGCCGGAGUUGGCGCCGCUCCAGCUCGCGAAGUAGGGGUAACAGUCGCAGACGGAGGUCGGCGUCGAGAGGGAGACACCGGCCGAAAGCGCCCGAGCGGGAUCGAAGAGAUGAGAGUCUAUCCAGAAGUCCUGUCCGACGCACCAAUAAGGCGCAUUCACCGGAACGGUACCAUAAGCCAGCAGGAAGACAGGUACAGCCAGAGGGCACGAGACCUCCUCCGCCGAAGGAAAGGAGCCUCAGUCCGUACAGUCGGCGGAUUGCUCUAACGCAGGCGAUGAAUCGCGGGGGAAUGCACUAAUUGUUGGUUAGGUGUUUGCAUGGGAAUUUCUGAGGCUUCAAAAGACAUAUUUAGAUCGUGGGCGGCAAAUUGGCAGCUGCACGUUCGGCAUUCAGACGCCGACAAUGGGCGUAGAUAGCAUUUCUUUAUCGAGAUACCCCCUUCGGGCCUUAUUCCUCCGCCAAACAUCAAGGCUACGCGUUUUUGCGUGAGAUGACCAUGCUUUCCUGCCAACCGGACAUUCGGGACACUAUCCAGCAUCAUCCAUAUCGUCCAACUCC